UCUGGCGAACUCAAUAAAUAUUAAUAAAUGAAAGCCACACUUGCAAUUCUCUUGUUGAUAAGCAUUGCAUCUGCAACAUCCACUCAUGAUUAAAUUAUGGCUCUACUCCAAACUGGUACAAAAGCCAUGGAUGCCAUUGACACUGUCUUUGGUUUAUUGAAUGAUCUUGUCCAAUCCAACAAAGAUGCCUAAUUUGCUGCCGACUAAAAGAAUGAAACAGACGAAUGGGUUGGUGCAUAGUAAUUAUCUUACUUAAUCAUAGAACAAUCGAGUAAUUCACUAAGAUCAAGUCACUAAACUAAAAGCUUUUCUAAUAAUCAGUUGAAAAUAGAGUCCUUUUCGAAUAAGAACUCCAAGACACCAAGAAUUAUCUUGCUUGGAAUGAAUAAAGAUAAGAUGAAAUUACCAGAAAAAUCAAUGUCCUCCUUGAUGAAUAAUGUCUUAGUAAUCAACUCUUCGUUAGAUCAAUCAAACAAAACAGAGAAGCUCUUGAAGUUGUCAGAGUUCUCAAAUAAGAUGUUGCCGGUUACAUCAUUAAUGGAGAUUCAUUUGAAUUGGUCCAAGAAAAAACAACUAGUGUUGCUCAAAAACUCAAGGCCUACAGCAAUCUCUUCAAUGAUUAAGAAAUCAAGACCUUCUUGAGUUUGGCUUAAAUCAAAUAAGAAGAUGGAGUCAGCAGAGGUGCUACACUUGCUGAAAGAGUCCUUGCAGUCCUUGAAUCACUUGAAGCCAACCUUCAAGCUUCUCUUGAAGCUCUUGAAGUCAAUGAAAUCAAUGCCUCAUGGGAAUUGGCCGGUUGGGUUUCAUUGAGUGAAGCUGAAAUCGCUAACCUCAAAGUUGAAUACGAAAGAAAAUAAGUCUUUGCUGAUAGAUUAGCUACUGUAUUAUUCAUUUACAUCAACCUUAGUAAAUCUAAGCAGCCUUAGCCUAAUAAGCCAAAUCUAAGAUCAUCUUAUAAGAGUCCCAAGAUGCCCUUGACUAAGCUUAAGCCGAUUUAGAAUCCAAAAGAGCUGACUAUGCUGAAGCUAAAGCUAAGAGAGAUGAAGAAAACGCCAUCUUAGAAUAAGUCAUCAUCAUGUUCAAGAAAUAAGUCGCCUCAUGGUCUGGAAGAUGAUUAAUAUAACUAAUCAAGUUAUUCAAAAC